AUGAGUGGUAACAUUCGCACACGGAAGGGACAGAAGGGAGGGAGGGGUUCUCAGGGAAAGGAGUCACCUAAAGCUCAGAAUGUAAAAAGCGCUGAAGCCAAUGGUCAUCAUGCACGAGCGUCCGAAGCGUCCUCGUUCCCUACAGGACUUGUAUGGAUCGCUGCUCUAGCUGGCUUGCUGGCGACGGCCUAUUUGGUACACAUUGGCUAUUAUAAAACAAAAGGGAAUGAACCAGAUAUCUUCGUUGCCCUUUUUGACGCAUGGAUAGGGUUCUCUGACCACAACGGAGUCGUCCAAACCUCGUCCAACACUCAACCUGAACCAAUAUCCUGGCUACCUGCAGACGAACCAAAACGUGACGCGGUAGUGAAAGCUUUCAAGUUUGCUUGGGGUGCAUAUGAACGCGACGCCAUGGGCAGCGAUGAAUACCAUCCUCUCAGCAAGGAAGGUAGCAACCUUGGCCCAGACGGAGGAAUUGGCUACAUGAUCAUCGACGUUCUGGAUACUCUGCAAAUUAUGGGUCUGCAAGAGGAAUACGCGCGGGCGCGAGACUGGAUUGCCAAUUCUCUUGAUUUCAAUAAGCGGGGAUCGUACAGCACCUUUGAGACCACAAUUCGUGUUCUGGGAGGUCUUCUCUCAGCUUAUCACCUCUCAGGCAACGAUCCUCUGUUCCUCGAAAAGGCUGAAGACAUUGGAGACCGACUUUUAUCAGCAUUUGAAGACAGUCCUUCGGGAUUCCCUCUCCCCUACGUCAAUCUCUUGGAAAGACAAGGCUACCACACCAAAGAUUAUCCUGGAACCGUCAGUGUGGCAGAAAUUGGGACUUUGCAACUCGAAUUCAAGUAUCUCAGCCACUUGACGGGGAACCAGGACUAUUGGAGAGUGGCAGAGGGAGUUAUGGAAAGGCUGAAAUCUUCGAAACUUCCUCAUAACCUUGCUUCCGUGUUCUUAAGUUACGAGGAAGGCCGUUAUCUCCCUUCCACUAUCAGCCUUGGAUCCAGAGGGGACUCUUACUACGAAUACCUCUUGAAGCAAUUUAUUCAAACUAACUAUACCGAGCAUAUUUACCAAGAAAUGUACCGCGACAGCAUGGACGGUGUCGAUCAAUACCUUAUACAACGAAGCCCCGGUAACAACUUGGUCCAUACCUCCGAACUCUGGCCGGAAGAAGAUGCGGAGGGCCAGAUAAACGAAUGGAGGCUCACUCCCAAGCAGGACCACCUUGUAUGCUUCCUAGGCGGUUCGCUCAUGUUAGGCGCUGUCAAAGCUCGUGCCCGAGUGGAACCAGUAUCACGACCUCCCCGUCAAGAAGAGCUCACCGAAGAAGGAUGGAGAGAUUGGAAGACUGGUCUUGAGUUGAUCAGAACAUGUAUGAGAACCCAUGAAACAGCAACCGGACUGUCUCCAGAGAUCGUCUAUUUCAGGGUACCGAGUGAUGGGAUGGAUUCGUACGAAUUUGCACCGCCGGACUGGUAUAUUCGAGGAGCUCAGCCUGGAGUACCUCCGCCAUACGAUGCUCGAUACAUGCUUCGACCGGAAACAGUCGAAUCGCUCUUUAUCGCCUAUCGACUUACGGGAGACAGUCUAUUCCGCGAACAGGGCUGGCAGAUCUUCCAAGCCAUCGAGAAGCACUGUCGAGUUGAAACCGGGGGCUAUGCGACCGUUCUCAAUGUAGAUCAGAAUCCUCCAGAGUUGGAGAACAAGAUGGAGACGUUCUUCCUUAGCGAAACCCUGAAGUAUCUUUACCUACUGUUCUCUGAUUCGAGUGUGAUUCCUUUGGAUCAAUACGUGUUCAAUACAGAGGCACACCCAUUCCCCAUCAUCGCGGGCAAUACCUGA